AUGCAUCCCAGUGGACUUGUUGUGACUACCAUAGGCACCCUAGCCGUUGGGAUUCCAAUGAUUCAAAUCAUGCAUAUGGCUAGUAGAAAGAAGAAUGAACGAAAGCAGAAAAUGCCAUCUGUAAAGGAAGCCACUCUCGCGAUGGUGAAGAAAAAUGCUGAAAAGGAAGGAAAAACUACUUCUACUGGCACUGCCCCUGCUGCUACUACAAGUAAAGCUGAGAAACCAACGCCAGCACCAAAGAAAGAAGUGCCAGCAGCGAAGAAAGAAAUUACAGCACCAAAGAAAGAAACUCCAGCACCAAAGAAAGAGGCUAAUACUACUAAUACUGCUGUUGUUCCUGUUGUAGUAGCAAAGAGUACACCCGCACCAUCACCAUCACCGGCUGUUGAGGGGAAAACUGCAGCACCUCCAUCAAAAACACCAAUCGCUGCUAAAAAGAGUAUACGCGAGAGACUUCAUAUUGAUGUCGCCUCUACUUGGAUUCGCUCGCAUCCUUUUGCAACCGCAGGAGCUAUUGUCGCAGUCACCAUCACAGUGUACAAAGUGGUGAAUUUAUGCAGAAAACACUUGAUAAAGAGAAAGAUCAUGAAGAGUGACGAUUCAGAAAUUCUACAGUUAUAUAUGGCACCACCUUCUUUCACGUUUCCCAGAGUUGCAAGAUCGUGUAUCGCGUUAAAAACAUUCCUGCAGCUCGCAAGCAUUCCACAUGAGGAAUUUAUUCUUACAGAUCCUUCCUACUCACCCAUUGGAUGUUUACCAUUCAUUCGAUAUAAGGGACGAUGUGAGGGAAAUGUUAUUGUUGCCAUGGAAUAUCUUACAACUGAGUUUGAUGUUAAGAUGGAUCAUUGUAUUACAGAUAAGGAAAAGGCUGUGGGAGAUGCGGUUGUGGCAAUGCUUGAGUACAGUAAAGAGAUGAUACAGAAUCAUUCCGUUUACAUGAGUUGUAAUAAGAAGAAAAACACACGUUAUGCAAGAGCUGUACGUGCUUUAAUGAGAAGUUUGGAGAUGAUAUCGGACUGGAUAUCAAGAACCAUGGGUGAUUGGAUCUCUAUGGAAGAGGGUGGUGUAAGAGAAAAGAAAUAUCAAGAACUUCAGAUACUGCGGGAGUUCCAGUCGGUGGAACAUAUCGUUGGAAGGAAAAGUUUUCUCUUGGGUGCACUUCCCACCACUUAUGACUGCGCCGUGUAUGCGGUGUUGAAACCAAUCUUUGAUGCCGAAGAUAUCACACGUUUCCCUGGACCAUUAAUGUAUGUGCGGAAUAAUGAUGUGCUUACACGGUAUGUAAACCGCGUCUCUCACGCUGUUUUCCCUGAUAUCCAGAAAAUGGGCGGGCACAACUCAAGCAGAAGUAGCAGAAGUAGCGGUAGCAGGAGUGUGCCAGUGCUGUAUUGA